CACAGACAGCCGUGCUCUUUUCUAAAGCGAAAGUUAUAUGAUGAUCCUGUCUGGAUUUUGGAUGCUCAUCUAUUUAUGUGUAUUCACUUGUAAAGGAUUUUUAAAUGCAGUGGAAGCAACUUUCGAAUGCAAAAAAGGUGAGAUGAUAAGUAGACGGAAAGGAAGAUUUUGUGACCCAUGCCCUGAAAGGCAAUACCAGGCAGGACCAAAUCGCUCUCAGCGAUGUGAACCCUGCACCGACUGCAUUGAGAACAGUGAAUUGAUAUCAGAGUGCACGAAGACUUCCAAUGCUAUAUGUCAGUGUCGUACAGGAUUCAUUAGAAGGAACGAUGAGUCUUCGUUAUGCAAGUGUGCCAAGGGGUCUGAGCUGGAUACAUCAGGAUUAAUAUGCCGUGAAUGUAAGGAGGGAUCCUUUUCCACCAAAAUGGACUCUAAAUGUGUGAAAUGGCGAGAGUGUAGGAGGGGAGUGAGGAUUCCGGGCAGUGUGACAUCAGAUGUGACCUGUAAUGAGAAUUCAGAGCCAGAGGGGAAGACCCUCUCCUCCACACACACCACUUCCUCAUCUGGCUCCAUCCAGACCUUUUCUAAGUCAUUGAUCCAGAGCCAAAGGUCAUCCCCUCAUCCUGAUGUCCCCACCUUAACACCAGCCCCCACUAUCAAGGUGACCAAAAGUCCCAAGUUCUCAACGGCAGACUUUGGCCAAGUAAUGACACUCUUGGGAAUUGUCCUGCUGCUUACUUUUCUACUGACCACUGUGACCUGCAAACUGAUCACAAUUCCUUGCAUCAAGAACCACAAGAAGCCAGCUGUCAGAAAAUCUCAGGACUCAAUGUGCCGGAGGUCAGUUGAAGAAAGUGGAGACAGCAGUUUCUCUUCCCUGGUAAAACAACCAAGUUUGGGGGAGCCAUGAUAGAGAUACCUGGCUCUCUGUCUGUCAAACAAUUCAUAUUGUCAAAAUGUUGCUGUUAUUCUCAAUGCUACUCCUUUAAACCAGAAACAACUUUAAACAGUUUUCGAAAAUUUUAAAAUAUUGUCAAUAUUUGUUUAUCAGGUAUUCUGGUAUUAUGGAAAAGCAUUUUAGACAUAACUUUGUUUUCAAUCUAUUUGUCAACAAUAGCAUUAUUCUUGGCUGAGCUGGGGGAUAUAGAUAUUAUUUUAUUUUCACAAAUAGGCGUCUGACAAAAUAAUGAUAAAUACUACUUCCUGUUCCUUCAGGUAUCUGGUUAGAUUUACAGGGGAGAUUAUGUGAAAACAAUGCUAUGGUGGCAAAAUAAUGUGGCAACAUUUUGUAAAAUGUGUAUUGUGUUAA